AGAGACACUGGGCUGCAAUGGGAAGUGUCAGGGAGAGCUUAAGCUCCACAUCACUUGAAUCUAAACCUGGAGGGAUAGAGCGUGUCCGUGAGGAUCCCAGGGCCUGGAGAGCAAUUUAGGGUAAUAUUCAGAAAGCAGCUCUCAGGAGAAGCACUGGGACGCUGUUUAGGUAAAAUCAACCCAAAAGACCCUUAUUCCCAGAGUACUUUGAGGUCCAGAAGAACUGGGCUGGAAGCAGGUCCUGCUAUUAAUUGGCUGUGAUCUUGGGCAAGUUAUUUAACUUCUCCAGGUCACAGUUUGCUCUUUGGAAAACGGAGAUAAGUCACACCUGCUUUCAGGGCGGACACCCUUACUUUACAUCAGAAUCAUCCGGAUGCCAUUCCUAGCGUUUCGGCUUCAGUAGGUGGGAAUCAAUUAUUUGCAUUUCUAAUAGGUAAUCAGUUGAUAAUGAUGCGGCCGGUCCGGUACACUCGAAAAACCACUGUUCCAGGAUAUUCCAAGAUGUUCCAAGAGUCUUAAACACCUGGUGCAGUUCCGAGCACAAGGCACACGAACGGUGCUAUUAGCAUUUCUAACCCCGCAGAGAACUCCUCGCACCCCGGUCCUCAAAAAACCAGCCCCGAACAGCGGAGGCCCGGGAAAUAGCUUCCAGACCCAAUUGCCCGCGCAAGGGGGCGUGGCAGCAUCGUUGGGCGGGGCCGCCUGUAAGAGAACGCGGCUAAAGGUGGGGCCAAGCGUGCGGUUUGCUGCGCCUGCGUGAGGAAAAAGAGGGGGCGUGGCUCCAGGCCGGAAGAGGGAGUCUGUAGGGGCGGGCCGGCUGGCGUCCCCUUUCCGGCCGGUCCCCAUGGAGGCGCUAGGGAAGCUGAAGCAGUUCGAUGCCUACCCCAAGACUUUGGAGGACUUCCGGGUCAAGACCUGCGGGGGCGCCACCGUGACCAUUGUCAGUGGCCUUCUCAUGCUGCUACUGUUCCUGUCCGAGCUGCAGUAUUACCUCACCACGGAGGUGCAUCCUGAGCUCUACGUGGACAAGUCGCGGGGAGAUAAACUGAAGAUCAACAUCGAUGUGCUUUUUCCGCACAUGCCUUGUGCCUAUCUGAGUAUUGAUGCCAUGGAUGUGGCCGGAGAACAGCAGCUGGAUGUGGAACACAACCUGUUCAAGCAACGACUAGAUAAAGAUGGCAUCCCCGUGAGCUCAGAGGCUGAGCGGCAUGAGCUUGGGAAAGUCGAGGUGACGGUGUUUGACCCUGACUCCCUGGACCCUGAUCGCUGUGAGAGCUGCUAUGGUGCUGAGGCAGAAGAUAUCAAGUGCUGUAACACCUGUGAAGAUGUGCGGGAGGCAUAUCGCCGUCGAGGCUGGGCCUUCAAGAACCCAGAUACUAUUGAGCAGUGCCGGCGAGAGGGCUUCAGCCAGAAGAUGCAGGAGCAGAAGAAUGAAGGCUGCCAGGUGUAUGGCUUCUUGGAAGUCAAUAAGGUGGCCGGAAACUUCCACUUUGCCCCUGGGAAGAGCUUCCAGCAGUCCCAUGUGCACGUCCAUGACUUGCAGAGCUUUGGCCUUGACAACAUCAACAUGACCCACUACAUCCAGCACCUGUCAUUUGGGGAGGACUAUCCAGGCAUUGUGAACCCCCUGGACCACACCAAUGUCACUGCGCCCCAAGCCUCCAUGAUGUUCCAGUACUUUGUGAAGGUGGUGCCCACUGUGUACAUGAAGGUGGACGGAGAGGUACUGAGGACAAAUCAGUUCUCUGUGACCAGACAUGAGAAGGUUGCCAAUGGGCUGUUGGGCGACCAAGGCCUUCCCGGAGUCUUCGUCCUCUAUGAGCUCUCGCCCAUGAUGGUGAAGCUGACGGAGAAGCACAGGUCCUUCACCCACUUCCUGACAGGUGUGUGCGCCAUCAUUGGGGGCAUGUUCACAGUGGCUGGACUCAUCGAUUCGCUCAUCUACCACUCAGCACGAGCCAUCCAGAAGAAAAUUGAUCUAGGGAAGACAACGUAGUCACCCUCGGUGCUUCCUCUGUCUCCUCUUUCUCCCUGGCCUGUGGUUGUCCCCCAGCCUCUGCCACCCUCCGCCUCCUCGGUCAGCCCCAGCCCCAGGUUGAUAAAUCUAUUGAUUGUGAUAGUA